CCGAGACAACAACAGGAUAUUUUCUUGAUUUGCCUGCCAUCGGCAGUUGCUGAGAUAACUAGGUGUGUGACUAUAGUAUGGUGAUCCUAAGGCUCCUUUUUGUCGGAGUAACUGCGAUAUUUUGGGAUGUGACACCAUGCAGAGGUUGCACGCAGAAUUUGGCCAAAGGAAAAGCGGCGUACCAAAGUUCUACGUAUAUCCAUCAUUUGGGGCCUAGGCUAGUUGCCGGUCUUGCUGUGGAUGGUAACUAUACCGACAUCAUGCGCCAUAUGAGUUGUGCCCAUACUUAUUUUGGUCAACGUCAAUGGUGGCUGGUAGACUUACAAAGCGCGGAGGGAGUGGCUGGUGUAACUAUAACAAACCGUGGCGACUGUUGUUCUGAUCGUUUGAAUAAUUUCGAAGUAAGAGUUGGAACCUCUUUCGUGGAUAGUUCAUCAUUUACCCAAUACAAAUUGUGCGCCAGUUACCCGGGGGUGGCACCUGUGGGGAACACGUCUCUGUCCUGUGAGUCACCACUGAGAGGACGAUAUGUCUUGAUCAUUAAAGUUGGUAGUGACACUCAUCCAUUGCAGCUUUGUGAAGUGGAAGUUCAUGGUAUUACAAGUUCAACUACAUUCACACGGGUGGCGGCAAAUGCCCACGCAAUCAUUGUGCCCAUAUCCACGCUGAAUGUCGGUAGCCGCAACGAGUGCAUCAUCUCCUGUUUGAAUCACUAG